AUGAGAAAGAGGGAUGUUUUUACCUGGAACUCCAUGAUUCACGGAUUUGGAGUCCAUGGACUUGGUAAUGAUGCCAUCUCUUUCUUUGAGCAGAUGUUGCUAGCUGGUAUCCGGCCUAAUUCAAUCACUUUCCUGGGUUUGUUGUGCGGUUGCAGCCACCAAGGCUUGGUACAGGAGGGUGUUGAUUACUUCCACCAGAUGAGCUCCAAAUUCAAUCUCACACCAGGUAUCAAACAUUACGGCUGCUUGGUGGAUUUAUAUGGCCGAGCUGGUAGGCUUGAUAAGGCACUGGAGACGAUCGAAACUAGCCCAUCACGGGACGAUCCAGUCCUGUGGCGAAUCCUGCUGGGCUCCAGUAAAAUCCAUAAGAAUGUGGCCACUGGAGAGAAAGCAAUGAGGAAUUUGAUGAGACUCGGGGCACUAACCGCGGGGGAUUGCGUCUUGCUUUCAACCAUAUAUGCCGGAGCAAACUACCCCUCAGGGUUUGCCAAAAUGAGGAAACUGAUAAAAACCCUUGGGGUGAAGACCACUCCUGGUUGGAGCUGGAUUGAGAUCUCUAACCAAGUUCACAAAUUCGUCGUUGAUGACAAGUUACAUCCUGAUAGCAUGCAAGUCUAUGAGAAACUCGAGGAAGUAACGAAACGAGCGGCUUCAGCUGGCUAUGUGAAGGAGGAGGCUGUAAUGCUGAACCUGCCUGGGUCUUGGUCUGAAGGAGGGUAUUCAGAGACUCCAAGUUCAUGCCACAGUGAGAAGCUAGCGAUUGCUUACGGAUUGGCAAAAACUCCAGAAGGUACAAGCCUGCGCAUAGUUAAGAACUUGAGGGUUUGUAAAAAUUGUCAUUCGUUUACGAAGUUCGUAUCCAAGGCAUUCAAUAGAAGCAUAGUUGUGAGGGAUAGAGUUCGAUUUCAUCACUUCAAGAACGGAGUGUGUUCAUGUGGAGAUUAUUGGUGA